UAUAUGCUUCCUCUAGGCAAUAUUAUUAGGAAACACUCAAUUAACUUUCACUGUUACGCAGACAACACCCAAUUAUAUCUGUCAAUUAAGCUCGACGAAAGCGGUCAGUUAGCUAAACUUCAAGCGUGCAUUAAAGACAUAAAAUCCUGGAUGACCCACAAUUUCCUGAUGUUAAACUCAAACAAAACGGAAGUUAUUGUGCUGGGACCCAAGCACCACCGAACUUCAUUAUCUAAAGAUAUAGCUACCCUAGAUGGUAUUGCCCUGGCCUCCAGCACUACUGUCAGAAAUCUAGGAAUCAUUUUUGACCAGGAUCUAUCCUUUAACGCCCACUUAAAACAAACCUCUAGAACAGCCUUUUUCCAUCUUCGUAACAUUGCCAAAAUCAGGAACAUCCUCUCGCAAAACGAUGCUGAAAAACUAGUCCAUGCAUUUGUUACUUCCCGGCUGGACUACUGUAAUUCUUUACUAUCAGGCUGCUCAAAUAAGUCCCUCAAGACCCUCCAGCUGAUCCAGAAUGCUGCAGCACGUGUUCUGACAAGAACUAACAAAAGAGAUCACAUUUCUCCUGUAUUAGCUUCUCUGCAUUGGCUUCCUGUAAAAUCCAGGAUUGAAUUUAAAAUCCUUCUCCUGACCUACAAAGCACUAAAUGGUCAAGCACCAUCAUACAUAGAAGAGCUCUUAGUACCUUAUUGUCCCACUAGAGCACUACGCUCCCAGAACUCAGAGCUACUUGUGGUUCCUAGAGUCUCUAAAAGUAGAAUGGGAGCCAGAGCCUUCAGCUAUCAGGCUCCUCUCCUGUGGAACCAGCUCCCAACUUGGGUUCGGGGGGCUGACACCGUCGCCACAUUUAAGAAUAAACUGAAAACCAUCAUCUUUGAUAAAGCUUAUAGUUAG